AUGCCCAAAAUAGUGAGCAAACUAGCUAGAGAAAUAGCUUACUACGAGCAACGUCGUAACUCUCAGGACAAAACCGUAAACCCUGUUGCAUUUCGCCCGCAAAAUGUGUUGCCCGGUGUCCACGCAAUUCGAGCUUCGUAUCAAAGGACCCACGUCAACCCAGCUCCAAAGCUCCAAGCUAUCUCCCACAACCUCAUCACCACCUACCCACCACCACCCGUCGUCCAUCUAUACCCAUAA